AUGGACCGAUCCCUGUGCUUUUUGGCCCUCCGAGGGUUUGGUAUAGGAGGUCUUGUGGCAUCAAAAUCAUGGCGACAAAUGGGCUUGGCAAUGAGUAGAUCUUUUGGGGACUCGAUUGUUCACGGUCUGGGUGUAUCCUGCGAACCGGAAAUUACAGACCAUCGUAUAGAUGAAAGCGAUGCAUUCCUCAUUUGGUUGGAAUCCAUCUACAGUGCAACGGACGGCGUUUGGGAUGUCAUUGACAAUAACCAGGCUGCGCAGAUCGUGCAUUCUCAUCUGACUUCGCGGUACGCCCGUCCCUUAUCCCAACCCCAACACACAACCGAUUGUAGAUCGGGAGAAUGGGACCCAAGCGAAGCUGCGCACAUGCUCUGCAUGUCAGCUCGAAGGCGAUGGGAGAGCCUCUCACCCAUGAUUGACGACAUCACCGCCCUUGUUGUUGAUCUUCACAAGCUUACUGGUCGACUGCGGUGA